UUGGUGUGUUCUGUAUCUGAGUAAACAAGUGAGUGUGUCCAUCUGUUAUGACUAGGUGUGCUAAACCUGACUAUACUGCACGAGGCAGUAUGAUUAUUGUCUGACCACCUCCCUCAGGCUGUGUGUUGAUUCCAGUUGUUCAUUAACAGGUGAGUUAGGAAAGCACACGUGAGUUGCCAAAUCUAAGAGGAACAAAGCAGGUGUGUAAAUCCACAUAUCUUUUUUUUUAAACAAAGCAGUCAAGAGAUUUCAUAGUCAUUACAUUUAAGAAACAUUGGGACAUUCUGGGAACUACAUUUUCAAACUGGAAAAAGUGUCUGGACUGAAUGGAACAUAUGAAAGGAAUAUAGCGUCAGAAUAUUGAGAUAUUUGGAAUACAGAAUCAAAAGGGGUGACAAGUAACAAGUUAGUUUUUACUUUUUGGAAUUAGUAGAACAUUUCUGGCAAUUGGAUUUUGCCAACCCACAGCUCAAAUGCCUUGUAAUUGAACAUCUCAACAGAAUUGACAAGAGAACAAGUCGUCGAGGCUGGAAAAUCCAGACUCACUUUGUGAAAAGUUGGAACAGUCCUCAGAAUGGCUUAUAGAGGUUUGUCACUGUGGGUCUGCUGGCUGGUGCUGAUCGUAGGACGAUGCGAGGCGACCUACCCACCCUGUCUGGAUGGGAUUAUGAUGAACGUGGUUCUGCUGGAUGACGACAUCUCUCCCUGGAGUAUGAAGUUUGUCCGUGGUGCUGUGGAGCGUGCGAUACAGCACAACGCUGAACUCACCUGCUGUCCAAAUGGAGUGAAGCGCAACCUGACUGCCAACUUUCGAGGGCUCGAGACUAGUUUGUACAGCAAGAAAGGCUGCCGAAGCAGCACCUGUGAGGUGGUGGAGACCGUGAAGAACCUAACUGUGAGUGACAGGGAGGUGGGCUGUGCUCUGCUGGGGCCCACCUGCACCUAUGCAACGUUUCAGAUGGUUGAUCUUGAGGUUGGUCUGGAACUCAAAAUGCCCAUCAUCUCAGCAGGCAGCUUUGCUCUGUCCUGUGACUACAAAGAAUACCUGACUCGCAUACUUCCCCCCGCACGCAAGAUCUCCACCUUCUUUACCAAGUUUUGGGACUUCAACAAUGAUAUCAAACCCAAGUGUGUCCACAGCCUCUCUACUAAGAAGCAGGAGAACACUGAGGACUGCUUCUGGUAUAUCAAUGCACUGGGUACAGCUUCAGCCCACUUUUCCUUACACAUCAAAAAAACAAACAUCAUAAGCAAAGCAGAGGACCUUAGAAAGGAAUUAAGCUCCAAAAAUAGGACAAGCAAUUUGUUCAUAGUGUGUGGGACACCAGAAGAUAUCGUGGACCUGAAGAAUGGAACUAUAGAGGCUGAUCCUAGUGUUGUCUUCAUCCUGAUCAAUCUUUACAAUGAUAAGUACUACACCAAUAAGUCCUCUAUCCCUGCUAUGAAGAACGUGUUGGUUCUCACCAUGCCCAACACUAGGAACUAUACUGUGGACACAGACCUGGGCAACAACGUGAUGAUGAAUGACUACAUGGCAGCGUACCAUGAUGCAGUGCUGAUGUUUGGUCAGGUGAUGAGGAAGCUCUGGAACAAGCCUGAGUCUGAGCUCAACCCCAUGGAGGUAGUCAACAUCAACCACUUCAGAAAUGUAUCCUUUGACGGUCUGAAGGCGCAUAAUAUCAUUGUCAUUGUCUUAGCUGUCACUGUGGUGGGGGUGGCUACCAUCGCUUUCAUCUUCUACAGGCGGAACAAGAGAGAGCGCCGGCUGAGGAAGAGAUGGUCACACAUGCACUCUGACCUCAUCACCCCGCUGGAGUACAACGAACGCAGCCUGGUCUCCCUCAAGAUUGACGAAGACCACAGGAAAAACACAAGUUAUAACAUCCACCAAGGACGCUAUGACAAAAAGAUUGUGAUCCUGAAGGAGCUGAAGCAUUCGGACUGGAACUUUAACGAGAGUCAGAGGAUAGAACUCAACUCGCUUCUGCAUAUUGACUACUACAACCUGACUAAGUUCUACGGCACAGUCAAGUAUGAUCAUGGUGUGUUUGGGGUGUUCGAGUACUGUGAGAGGGGAUCCCUAAGGUAUGUGCUGAAUGACAAGAUCUCGUACCCGGAGGAAACCUUCAUGGACUGGGAGUUUAAGAUCUCCGUCAUGUACGACAUCGCUAAGGGUAUGUCCUACCUCCACUCCAGUGACAUCCAGGUCCACGGCCGUCUCAAGUCCACUAACUGUGUGGUGGACAAUCGCAUGGUGGUCAAGAUCACUGAUUUUGGCUGCAACACCAUUCUAGACCCAGGCAGAGACCUGUGGACAGCUCCAGAGCACCUGCGUAGACAGGGGAUCUCCCAGAAGGGGGAUGUCUACAGCUUUGCCAUCAUCGCCCAGGAGAUAGUUCUCAGGAGGAGCACCUUUUACACCCAGGCCUGCGCCGACCGCGCAGAAAAAAUGGCCAGAGUGCAAUACCCCAGCGAAACCUAUUUCAGACCUGAUCUGAAUGUUGAGACUGCAGGGGAAAAAGAUUUGGAGAUGUACAUGCUGAUGAAGAUGUGCUGGGAUGAGGACCCAGAGCGAAGGCCUGACUUUAAGAAGAUAGAGAGCUCACUGGGGAAGAUCUUCAGUAACCUCGCACAACCAAGCUAAUGAGAGUUACACAUGGACAACCUGAUCCGUCGUCUACAGAUGUACUCCAGGAACCUGGAGCAUCUGGUGGAGGAGAGGACGGCGCUGUACAAGGCUGAGAGAGACAGGGCCGAACUGCUCAACUUUAUGCUGCUGCCUGGUCCUGUGGUGCGUUCUCUGAAGGAGACGGGCAUUGUUGAGCCGGAGCUGUUUGAGGAGGUGACGGUGUACUUCAGCGACACGUCGGGCUUCACCACCCUGUGCCAGUACAGCACCCCCAUGGAAGUGGUGAACAUGCUCAAUGACAUCUACAAGGGAUUCGACACGAUCCUCGACCACCACGACGUAACAAGGUGCAUGCGUACAUGGGUGGCGUGGGUUCCGCGGCGGAACGUAAACAGGCACCGCGGUGGACAUCUCACGCACAUGGCCUGGACAUUCCUGGCAUUUAUGGGGACCUUCCAGCUCAGACACCUGCCAGGGCUACCUGUGUGAUCCGCCAUUGGGAUGCACUCAGGCCCCUGUGCAGCAGGAGUGGUGGGGAUAAAGAUGCCCAGAUACUGCCUGUUUUGGAGACAACAGUCAACACCUGCCUCUAGCAUGGAAUCAACGGGAACAGCCUUGAGAAUCCACGUCAGUCAGCCCACCAUCGCAAUCCUACAGAGGACAGACUGCAAGUUUGAGUACGAGAAGAGAGGGGAGACUUUCCUCAAGUAUGGACAUGGCACAGAGUUGACCUACUGGUUGACGGGUGAACACAGGAGAGGACUACACCUGCACCCACCGACAGUGGAGAACUGCCAGCGUCUGCAGCAGGAUCUGGCCAAGAUGAUCCAGGAAUGUCUGGACAAACGUUCACUUGGGGUCAGAGGUCAUCGGAGAAGAGGAACUACCCUGUCCAUGAGGCAGAGGAGGGCGGGGAGGGACGACGGAGGGGAGCAGGCGGAAGAGGAGGAGGAGGAGGAUGACCAGCCGGCAAAGGAGUAUCAGGAAAGGGAACAGUAG